UUGGUAGGCGUUGGGUUCGUUCACUCCCUUCCUCUUUCUAUUUCUCCACCCCCCUGCUUCUGCUAUCUUUGCCUCCCUUUUUUAACCCAUCGAAGUCUCUCGCAACUCUCAACCACCACCAAACUACCAACAACACGAAAUUUCAUUAAAAAAAACUUUCAGAUAUUCUCCCUCUCCAUUUCGCAUAUACAGUUACUCUAAUUUCAAACACAGAUGGAUCCCUCAUCAUCAUCUUCUUCUUCUGGUUCCAUGAAAGUUUCGCCGCUCGAUCUGAUGUCAGCCUUAAUCAGGGGAAAAAUGGACCCUUCCAACGCUUCCUCCGACUCUGCUGCUGAGUUGGUCACCAUCCUUCUCGAGAAUAGAGAGUUCGUUAUGAUUUUAACUACCUCCAUCGCUGUCCUCAUCGGCUGCGUCGUCGUUUUAAUCUGGCGUAGAUCCGGUUCUCAAAAACAUAAGCAAAUCGAUCCUCCUAAGCCUUUAAUCUUUAAAGAACGCGAACUCGAAGUCGAUGAUGGCAAGAAAAAGGUCACCAUCUUCUUCGGUACUCAAACGGGCACCGCCGAAGGCUUUGCCAAGGCUCUAGCUGAGGAGGCGAAAGCACGCUAUGAUAAAGCGAUGUUUAAAGUCGUAGAUAUAGAUGAUUAUGCGGCAGAUGAUGAUGAAUACGAGGAGAAGAUGAAGAAAGAGAGUUUGGCUUUCUUCUUCUUAGCCACUUAUGGAGAUGGUGAGCCGACUGAUAAUGCAGCUAGGUUCUAUAAAUGGUUCACUGAGGGAAAAGAGAGGGGAGAAUGGCUUCAGAAUAUGAAGUAUGGAGUUUUUGGCCUUGGUAACAGACAGUAUGAACAUUUUAACAAGGUUGCAAAGGUGGUCGAUGAUGCCCUUACUGAGCAGGGAGCAAAGCGCCUAGUUCCUGUGGGUCUCGGAGAUGAUGACCAAUGUAUUGAAGAUGACUUUACUGCAUGGCGUGAAAUAGUGUGGCCUGAGUUAGAUCAGCUUCUGCGUGAUGAGGAUGAUGCAACAACUGUUUCUACCCCAUACACUGCUGCUGUGUCGGAAUACCGUGUUGUAUUUUAUGAUCCUGCAGAUGCACCUCUUGAAGAUAAGAACUGGAGCAAUGCAAAUGGUCAUGCUAUUUAUGAUGCUCAACAUCCAUGCAGGUCUAAUGUGGCUGUGAGGAAGGAGCUUCAUACUCCUGCAUCUGAUCGUUCUUGCACCCAUCUUGAAUUUGACAUUGCUGGCACUGGACUUUCAUAUGAAACAGGGGAUCAUGUUGGUGUUUACUGUGAGAAUCUAGAUGAAGUUGUAGAGGAAGCAUUGAAUUUAUUGGGUUUAUCGCCAGACACUUAUUUCUCUGUUCAUACUGAUAAAGAGGAUGGUACACCACUUGCUGGAAGCUCUUUGCCUCCUCCUUUCCCACCUUGCACUCUGAGAACAGCACUGGCACAUUAUGCUGAUCUUUUAAGCUUGCCAAAAAAGUCUGCCUUACUUGCCUUGGCUGCUCAUGCCUCUAAUCCAACUGAAGCCGAUCAACUAAGAAACCUUGCAUCGCCUGCUGGAAAGGAUGAAUAUGCACAAUGGAUGGCUGCAAGUCAGAGAAGCCUCCUUGAGGUUAUGGCUGAAUUUCCUUCAGCCAAGCCUCCGCUUGGUGUCUUUUUUGCAGCUGUUGCUCCAAGGUUGCAGCCUAGAUACUAUUCAAUCUCAUCCUCACCAAGGAAGGCACCAUCUAGGAUUCAUGUAACUUGUGCAUUAGUUUAUGAGAAAACACCUACGGGUCGUAUUCACAAAGGAGUUUGUUCAACUUGGAUGAAGAAUUCUGUGCCCUUGGAGAAAAGCCAUGACUGCAGCUGGGCACCCAUUUUUGUCAGGCAAUCAAACUUUAAACUUCCUUCAAAUACUAAAGUGCCCAUUAUUAUGAUUGGCCCGGGUACUGGAUUGGCUCCUUUCAGGGGAUUCCUUCAGGAAAGACUUGCCCUGAAAGAAGCUGGAGCUGAACUCGGUCCAUCUGUAUUGUUCUUUGGCUGCAGAAAUCGGAAAAUGGAUUACAUUUAUGAAGAUGAGCUCAACAACUUUGUCAACAGUGGCGCACUUUCUGAGCUUGUAGUUGCGUUUUCACGUGAGGGACCUACCAAGGAAUAUGUGCAACAUAAAAUGACGGAGAAGGCCUUGGACAUCUGGGACAUGAUUUCUCAGGGAGGCUACCUAUAUGUGUGUGGUGAUGCCAAGGGCAUGGCUAGGGAUGUCCAUCGCACUCUACACACUAUUUUGCAGGAGCAGGGAUCUCUAGACAGCUCAAAGGCUGAAAGCAUGGUUAAAAAUCUGCAAAUGACUGGCAGAUAUCUUCGGGAUGUAUGGUGAUGAUUACCAUGAAAAUACAAACUAUAUUUAUAUAAUAUAUAUAUGGAGGCCAUAUUGUUUGGACGAAGAAAGCAGGAGAGAAGGCAACUUGUAGUGUCAAAUUCUCUGGCCUUAAAAUGGGGGGGGGGGGGGGGGGGGAGGAAUUAAAUUUGUUGUCAUCAAAGUUAUAAGGUCUGUGAUUCUUUUUUAAUGUUGGGAGAUGAAGGAUUUUUUGGUUCAUGUAAUUUUAUGUAUACAUAAUUAUAUAAGGUAUAGUAAUAGACUCUCAUUAGUUUUAUAUUUGUAUGAACCGGCCAAGGGAAGGAGGUUCAAAUGACAAGCAAAUGAGAUGACGUUGUAACUAUAUUCUACUGAAUGGAUAUUUUAAGUUUGAAAUCUCUA